AUGACCGCGACGAUUGUUAUGAUGAUGAUGAUGACUAUUGUCGGUGAUGAUGUUGAUGAUGUUGGCGUUGAUGACGACGGCGGUGUUGAUGAUGAUGUUGAUGGUGGCGGCGGUGCUGAUGACGAUGGUGGUUAUGGCGCUAAUGAUGUUGAUAAUGGUGGUGACAAGCUCACGCCCAUUCAGGCACUAUUCCACGUACCCCUUCUCCUUGAGGGGGAUCUCAUCCCCCUCACCCUCACUCUCCUCCUCCUCCUCCUUCUUCCCUUCCUUCCCUCCCGCCUUCUCCGUUGCCUUCUUCUUCCACCAGUCCAGUCCACUGCACUGAGUUGUCCUAGGAAGAGAAAGCUGAUGUCACUGGCGCACCGGAGCACUCACAAAGCCUCCAUCCUCCCCAGGAGUUGGACUGAUGCUAUGCCGAAAACUCACCUUUACCACGCCACGCCACACAAUUCGACCAAGUCGCUGUGGUGUCCCGCCGAACCUGCCAUCGUCCCAAGCCACACCACCAUCGCAACUUCUCGCACGCACGCACGCACACCACGCUGUCCAAUUCACUCGAUGACGAAGGUCAGGCAGGAGAAGCAGAAGAAGACGCAGAAGAAGACUGCAAACUCUUCUACCUAA